UGCCAACAUGAUGUGUACAACUUCUUUGGUGCGCUUAACAUGUUUGUUGUCGUCCUGAUGUCUUGUCAACUGUGGUUCGUGUUAGUGCUCCAAACAGGCUCGUUGUGCUAUGGGCCUCUUCCCGUCAGGUGGUUGUCUUUUGUUCCUUCAGGCAGGUCUCAAGUGCCCUCUUUGGUUCUAGCAGUUAAAAAAGUCCUUCUUCACUUUCAUGUUCAAUGUACAUAAUCUAUGGUUGAGUUAUCCUUCUAAUUGGGAUAAGGAAUCCAUGACAGGGCAUCCAGUGCCAAUUAUGGUGUUUGUAAAGUGUAGGAAAAUAUAUCCCCAGCAAUACACCAGUGAAUCGUAACCUGCACAUCCCACACUCUUUCAAUGUAAUCUAACUUGGCUUUACUCUGUACACCCGGGCUC